UCUCAUUGACAUUUUGACUCAAAAUAUAAAAUUAAAAAUAUAUAAUCAAAUCUAGCACUUCUUUUAAAUGCCCCUCAAAUGGCCUUCACUGCCGCUUAUUGUGACCAAGGCGAUCAGUUUGGUAUUCUUCAUGACAGCUAUUAUUUUAAAAAUUUGGGACAUCAAAACGCUUUAUAGCCAGUUCGAUUCCCAUUGCAUUGCUGGCUGGGAAAUAACCGAUAAAGUAGGGUCACAUCUACAACUCAUAAUGCUAUCUGUGGUACCAGAUAUUGCAUUUCUCACAUGUAUUGGUGUGGCAAUGUUCAUCAAGACAUGUACUUUUGGUUCCGAUCAAGGGACCAUUGCCUAUAACUUGGUGGUGGGUAUUUUACAAAUCUGGUCCAUUUUCUAUAUUUAUGCCAUUGAGGACUGUGGCAAUGAUGCCAUAUCCAUUGUUAAGAGUGUGACAUUGCCAAGCAUAAUAGCUGGAAUAGUUCAUCUCCUAAAUUCGGUGUUCUGUUUAGUAUUUGUGGCGCCCGAAGAAAGAGCAUUUCCCCUACGAAGACCUGCAAGUUCUACUAUGGCGGAAAAUGAAAAUUAGUUUUCACGAUAUCUAUUUCCAAAUAAAACCAUUCAUCCAUAACGUAAUGCAAUACCGAGAUGAUAACAUGAUAUUUUCGUUGUUGUUGUUGCCACUACUGGCCUAGUGAUGCGCAAUAUCUGCUGUUGUCGUCGUAAGCGGAAAUAGGCCUUUAAGCCUAAAAACCGAUUUUCAAACUACUGACGUAUUUUCGUCAUAAACAUGUCGUGUUCGCCAACAAAUUGCAAUUCUAUUCAAAUGUUAUGGCUCGUCGCCGUUUCGUUAUUUGAUUGACUAGAAGAUUCGUUGCAAGUUUUUUAACUGUAAAUCAAUUGAAAUAAUUAUGGCUUAUUAUGACACUAAUCGCGGACCUGUUACAUAUGGAUGAGAGGCGAUUGAAAUUUAGAUUUUCUUGAAUGAAUCGAAAUUGCCAUAAAAGUGUGACGCAGUUUGAAUAAA